UCCAUAUAUUAAAGCAAGAAGCCCAGAUCCCUUAAACCCCAAACUCUCUCUCUCUCUCUCUCACCCUCGCUCAUAAUUUAUUGUGUAAUCUUUUGUUUGUUCUCGUUGGAUUGGAUUACCUGAUAUGGAGCUUCAACUAGGUCUUGCUCUUUCAAGCACUCCUCCUGCUCCUCCGCCAAUCAAGGGCUUCGACUUGAACAACUUUGUUGACGAAGCGAGGGUUUGUAGUAGUAUUAACGACAAGUACAAGAAACGUAGCUUUGCCCAAGCUUUUGAUGAUGAUGGCGAGCACGACAAGAUUGAUUCUACUACUAGUGCAACAGCCGUGCCUCGAACGCUGCCUUUGUUUCUUUGGAACAGUGAACCGAACGGCAGCGACGAGGAGGAGGACGACAACAAGCCUAAUAAGCGCAAGCACACAAACUCCCGCUUUACCGUUGUUAUCGAAAACGAUGGAGAUGGAUUGGUGGGGUGGCCGCCCAUUAAGUCAUGGAGAAAGGAGAUUUGCUUCCACCACCACCACAACAACCGCUGUGGUAGUAAUCGAACGGCAGGGAAUAUCAACGGCUGUGGUGGUGGUGGUAGAUCAGGGUCAUCGUCAAACUCAAACCAAUACUACUACAACUCUACAUUCGUGAAGGUGAAGAUGGAGGGAGUGGGAAUAGCAAGAAAGAUUGACUUGAGCCUCCACCAAUCUUUCCAAACACUAACAGAGACCUUGAUGGACAUGUUUGACAAAUGUCAGAUGGAUUCGAACAACUACAAACUCACUUACCAAGACAGAGAGGGCGACUGGCUAUUAGCUCAAGAUGUUCCUUGGAGGAGCUUCAUCCGGUCAGUGCAACGCCUCAAAUUGGUUAAGAGAAGCGAUUAAUUAAUUUGACUAUUUAAUUAGUUUGCUCCAGCCAAUAUUUUAAUAGACCCAUGCGGCUUUUUGCAGAUGAAUUUUUGAGUGACUGAUAUGUAAAAUAAUAUAGAAUUGUAAAAUAUUCAAUCUCUUAUAAAUAAAUGUCUUAUGUAACUUUUUUUUUUUC